AUUGUUAAUCGAGAGCUCAGCUAAAGAAGUCAAGUUAAUUGAAUAAAGAUUUAUUACAGCAAUUAUAAAAGCUUUGAGAAUUUUCACAUUCUUAAAAUUUAUUCAAAGGUUUUUCAUUAAAAAUCAAUUAAAAAAAUGUCUUUUGAAUUUUUUCGUGAUUCUGAAACUCGUGCUGAGUAUAAUUUUAAUCAUGAAUCAAAGCUUACAAAUUCAUCAGCAAUUAAUUCAAAUUUAUCAAAAUUAACGUCACCCAAUUCACCUCCUUUGCAACCAAAGAACAAAAUGAGAUUUUCUAAUUCAACCAUAGAAGUUCGCAGUAUUCCAUCAAAAAGUCAAAUUAACGUAGCAAAUCUGAGUGGAAUUAAGCAUGGAAUGUGCAAGGAAAAGCCGACAUCUGAGAAUGAAGGAAAUGCCUAUGAUGACUGGAUGAAAUCUUUAUCACUACGAGAUCAAUUUAAAAAGGAAAUGGCUUUACAGCAGCAAGAAAAUGAUAUUGCAAGACGUGAAGCUGAACUGGAAAGAAAAUUUGCAUCUUCAGAUGUCGUCAGUCAAUGGCUAAACACCAAGAAGAAUGAAAUUGGAAUGAAGAAUUAUAAUCUGAUGAAAUUAAGAGCAGAAGCUGAAGCUAAGAUUGAAAAGGAAGUGAAGCCCAAAGAAUACAAAAAGAAUUUGUCUUUCGAUGAUUGGUUGAAGAUGAAGAAGCAACAAGAAGAUCAAACAAAGUCGAAAGAAAAAGAUUCGAAGACUCAGAAAAAUGUCUUUGAAAAAUGCUUCAUGUCGUCAUAUGACAAAUGGAUCAGCAAGCCAUUAAAAUCACGAUCAGAGUGCACCAUGCAAAAAUCUUUUUAUGCAGCAGCUAACAAAAUUAAAUAUCAAGAUUAUGAUGACUGGGAUGCAAUUCCCUAUCAAAACAUUGAAAAUUGGGAUUAG